CAACAUUAUAUCUCAAAUAAUUGUCCUUAUCAAAACAUGGCCAAACAAUCCAACCCCUUUAUGUUCUAUUUCCUCAACAUCACAUUUCUCAUUCUCUUGACCUCUCCACCUCAUGCACAAGCAAUCUCCAGAAACAACGUUUGCAAGUCCACAAGAUUUCCUUCUUACUGCUCAUCAGUUCUCCCCAACAACGACGCCGGUAUCCACGAUUAUGGGCGAUUAUCGCUCCGAAAGUCGCUUUCUCAGUCCCAAAAAUUCCUAAACUUCAUCAACUCUUAUCUCCAACGUAACUCUGUCUCCUUAUCACAGCCCACAAUCCGAGCUCUCCAUGAUUGCCGGGAACUUCUCUCCGGCAACAUCGACUUGCUAGGGAAUUCGGUCGGACCCCUAAACAACACUAGUAAACUCCUUCCGAGCUUGGAAGCCGACGACCUGCAAACCCACCUCAGCACCGUCAUGACCAACCUCCAGACCUGCUCCGACGGUCUGGAGGCGUCGCCUUCGGUAAAAAACGACGUGUCACAGACACUAUCUGAUGAUUCAAAACUGCACAGUAUCACUCUGGCUCUUUGCACCGAGGGGUGGGUCCCGAAGCAGAGAGACGGAGAAUCACGAAGGUCGAGGAGUCAUCGGGUGUCCUCAAAGGGACGGCUGCCGAUGAAGAUGUCCGACCGGGCCCGGGCGGUUUAUGACCGGGCGAGGAGCCACCACCCACGCGGUCGGAAGCUUCUUCAGGUGGGAGACGAGGAGGUUGUGAUUAAGGAUAUUGUGAUUGUGAGUAAGGAUGGAUUGUGGAACUAUACUUCUAUCAAUGAUGCGAUUGCGGCGGCGCCGAACAACUCCGCCUCCUCCGGCGGAUACUUCUUGAUAUAUGUCACCGCCGGUGUCUAUGAAGAGUAUGUUAAUAUUGCGAGUAAUAAGAAGUACUUGUUCUUGCUUGGAGACGGGAUUAAUCAGACCAUCAUCACCGGGAGUCACAGUGUUGGAGAUGGAUGGACUACUUUCAAUUCUGCAACUCUGAUCGUGACGGGGCCAGGCUUCCUUGCGGUGGACAUAACGGUGCGCAACACCGCGGGGCCAAGCAAAAGUCAGGCGGUAGCGCUGCGGAGCGGUGCCGACCUCUCGACCUUCUACAGGUGCAGUUUCGAGGCCUACCAAGACACCCUCUACACUCAUUCCCAACGGCAGUUCUAUCGUGAAUGCGACGUCUACGGCACCGUGGACUUUAUCUUCGGCAACGCCGCUGUCGUCCUCCAAAACUGCAACCUCUACCCCCGGCUCCCUAACAAGGGCCAGUUCAACGCCAUCACCGCCCAAGGCCGGAUCGACCCCAGCCAGAACACCGGCACUUCCAUCCAAAACUGCACCGUUCGACCCGCCGGCGACCUCGCCGCCAGCAACGGCACCACCAAGACCUACCUUGGCAGGCCUUGGAAAGAAUAUUCUCGGACGGUUUACAUGCAGUCUUUCCUCGACGGUUUCAUUGACCCGGCGGGUUGGCACGAGUGGAGCGGUGAUUUUGCGUUGAACACUUCGUACUACGCCGAGUAUGCGAAUUGGGGUCCCGGGUCGAACACGACGAAUCGGGUCAAGUGGUCGGGUUAUCAUGUGAUCGGCGCGACGGAGGCGGCGAACUUCACGGUGUCAACGUUCUUGUCGGGGGAUAAUUGGCUGCCGCGGACGGGUGUGCCUUAUGCUGGGGGGUUAAUGUGAGGAAAAUUAAUUUUGUAAAUUCAAAUUGAUGGACAAUGUGUUUUUCUUUUUUUCAAUUUGGCAAUGGAGUUUGAAUAAUUUGUAAUUCUUUAUGGGGUUUCCUUUUCGUUUCCAUGAAAUAUUCUUUCUCCUGGGAUUUUUCUUUUCCCCGUUAAAAGUGUC